AUGCAUGAAAAAUUGAUGGGUCAACUCGUUGGUUACGGUUACCCUGGUCACGACGACGGACGCCGAUCGCCUCUAUUAUCUUGCAGGAAUUUUUUCAGAGAGAAUGCGAAUGGAUCCUCAGCUCUCACCAUACUUGGUAUCAUUCCUCUUCGAGGACUUUGCAAUUGUGUCUUCGAGGGCUUUGCAAAUGAAAAAUGUCCUCUAUUCCAUUAAUCACGAAAAAUAGUUCUAGAAUUUGGGUCUCAGUUUCAUCAGCAAACAAAAUGAUGUUCACGAAUCACCCCGUUUAGCUUUAGCCUUUUUAGCAAAGUGAGCGCAUCCGCAUCCGCCUCGUUUUGCUCGUAGUCGUAAGUUGUAGUAGUAGAAUUCCUAGAUUUUUUCGCUCGUUAGCUAAGUAUUCAGAUUCACAAAAUGGAGCGAUUGGUAGAAGAUGGAGGACGAGGUCUGUACAGAAAAUGAGUAGUGUUAUAUCAACAUGAUUGAAUUGACGUUAAAAAUAAAAACAAGUUCGAGCGAAUUUAGUAAGUAGGUGGUAGUUUGUUGGUCCACCUCCAACCAUGACGCAAUGCAUACAGCUUGGUGAAAGAAAGAAGUUACGAUCAACUCCCACCAAGAACAUACAAGUAAAAUAAAAAUAAUAGCAGGUGAUGUCUUGGAACCAUUUUUGCAAAUGCCUUCUUGGGUCGCGUACUCGUACAUCGACCGAGGCAUGCUUAAUAUCGCGAUUAAGAGACCAGCACGUCGUCGACCACCAGCAAAUGACUUACAGGCACAGCAUGAUCAAGCCAUGCUUUCUGAGCAUGUUGCUAUGCUUUUCCUAAGUUUUGACCACAUUGAUUAUUUGGUUUGGGUUUCUUUGCGUCCGCUUCGUAUGAUUGUAUUCUUCAAUCGCUGAUGAAGAUCACGGUCGUCGACGUAGCCAGUUUGUAGAUGUAAGAGUUGUGGAUAUUUGUCCAGCUCUAGGUAGGUCAUCCAAUGUAGUUGGUACUAGUCUUCUAUGGUAUUGAAGGAAAUGAUAAUGUUGAAAUUAGGUAUUUAUUGAAUAAAUUGACCAAAUCUAUUUCCCAUCUUAUCAAAUAUCUUAUUGUUUUGUGGUCAAAAUCUUAUUAUUAUUUACUCACUUAACAGCAGUGAGCACCAACUAAACUCCCCGAGAGCUGCGCUGGUCUGAGGACUGGGGCGAGAAACAGGGAGACCCGGCUUGAAUUGAAUUAAAAGAUAUCUCAAUCCUUCGAGCUCGAUGAACAUCUUGGGCCGAGAAAAAGAAGCACAAAAACUGCAAUAACAUCAUUCCAUAAUUUUGAUGUAAACACGGUCACGGUCUGCUAAGUUCUAACUGUGCAUGUCUUCUAUCAUGUGGUUUUUUCGGGGGGAUGGAUCAUAUUUAUUUACUGUCGAAAGUAAAAAGAAUGGCAACCCUUUGGUCUUCCUCGGUCUAUCUCUUAUUUACUGUCGGAAUCGAAAAGGAACAAGUUCUCGAUUUGUAUGAUUGUUUUCUUCUAUGCUCGUUAAGUCCGAUGGAAGUAGAAAGGCUAGUCGUUGUACCUUUUGUUCGCUCUUGUCGGUAAAGUCUGUGCGCUACCCCUGUAGCAUUACAUUCGGAAAUUUAUUGUUACUUUGCUUGUUUAAAACAGAGACGAGUGACACUAUGGGACAGUGAUACUCGACGAGAGACAUGCGUGAUGACAAUGCGUCAAAAGGUUUAUUUAGUUCUCUUCGCC